AUGUCUCAAGAAGAUAAAUCAACAUCCAAGCAUAAUAAAACUUCGCCUUUGUCUUGCAUCGAUGAUUACGAGUUUCAUCGUAGCCUUGGAAAAGGCAGCAUGGGCAAGGUCAAGCUAGGUGUGCAUGCUGUCUCUGGUGAAAAGGUGGCCGUUAAAAUAGUCAGAAGAGCUAAUUUUCAGAUCAAUGGAUUCACAAGCGCAGGAAAACCAAGGACAAAAGAGCAAAUGAUGAAGGAAAAGGUCAAGGAAGAGACUCGAGAAUUGCGAACAAUCAGAGAGGCGCACAUCAUGAUGCUUCUACGACACCCACACAUUGUUCAGUUGCGGAAUCUCGUCGCUGUCGGCCCAUACUUUUACAUCUUGAUGGAUUAUGUCAAUGGUGGGCAGCUCUUGCAUUACAUUGUCAAGCGUCAGAAGCUCUCAGAACAGCAUGCUCGUCAGUUUUCUCGACAAAUUGUCAGCGCUCUUGAUUACAUGCACCGCAAUUCCAUUGUACAUCGUGAUCUCAAGAUUGAAAACAUCCUCAUUGACAAGGCUGGACGGAACAUCAAGAUUAUUGAUUUUGGCCUCUCCAAUUUGUUUUGCCCCGAGCGACGUUUAACAACCUAUUGUGGAUCCUUGUACUUUGCAGCUCCUGAACUGUUGCGGGCAUCACCGUAUCGUGGACCAGAGAUUGAUAUUUGGAGUUUUGGAGUGGUCAUCUAUGUCAUGGUAACCGGGUCUGUUCCUUUUGACGACAAGUCGAUGCCUGGUUUGCAUGAAAAAAUUAAGCGCGGUCAAGUCGCUUAUCCUGCUCAUGUCAGCCCCAGUUGCCGAGAUCUACUAUCACGGAUAUUUGUCAUUAAUCCAACGAAACGAAUCAUUUUAGCAGAUGUCUUGCGUCAUGAAUGGAUGAACCAUGGCUAUAAUAAGGCGAUCAAGAACUAUCUCCCACUACGUUUACCCAUUGUCCCGCCAUUAGCGCCAAACAUAUUACAGCAUAUGACUCGUGGUUUCAAUAUGGGCAAUGCAGAGGACAUUCGCAUCAAAAUGGAGAUGAUUAUCAAGUCGCAAGUGUAUCGAUCAGCAGCAGAGCAUGUGGCAAAAGUACAGCAUACAUCCGUUGUCAACACACCGCAAGACCUCAUGGCCAAACCUUACGAUGAUCCUCAGACGGAGCCAGCUGCCUAUCACCCUCUAUUAUCACUCUAUCAUCUCACCAGGGAACGGUUAUCACACCAAGAAAUGGAACAGGAGUCUGAUUCACCGAUUAAAUCAAAUCAAUCGACCUGUGCCACUCCCGUGUCAGCAACAACGACAAUGCAUUUCGAUGGCGAUGAAGAGGACGACGAUGAUGUUGAUCACGGCCAAGAAGACCAAGAUAUGGAUCAAGACAACGACGUUGACCACAAUGACUUUGGUUCCGGUUACCCACAAAACGAGGCCAACAAACAUGAGUCCAUGAUCUCCUUUCGAAACACUACGACACGGCCCUUAUCCCCUACUUUGUUGAGCAUCAGCGCUUCAUCACGUCCCCCGCCUCUUAUUUACAGCACCUCUGAAUCAUCAGCAAGCAACACAUCCUCCAUGCCAUCUGCAUUACUGCACCGAGGCUCAUUGGGGCCGAAUAACAAAUUACCCGACCACAUCAACACCAAGAACACAAGCAAGGAAAAACCUUCCAAGUCAAGUUUCACGCAUAUUUUCCAUAGAUCCACAUCUUCUUUAGCGGCUAUUUUUGCCAAAGUCAUGUGUACUCGAUAA